GCGCUCCGCUCCGGCCACCGUCCGCCGCUCCCAUGGCAACGCGGCCUACAUCCGUUUCAAGCCUGAAUCGAGUGCCGGCUCCGCGGGACUGAAAGCUGCUUAGCUCCCUUGGUGUGGACACACCUGAAGAGAUGCUCUCCAUAGGUGUGAUGAGGACCUGGAUGUCAUCGGUGACUUUGGGAGCCACGAGACUGACCAGCUCCUCACCAGCUUCCCAUCUCCAGCGCGCUUUCCCGCCCGGAGUCACACUGCCUCCCUCCGUUUGCCAGCAGAGCAGCCGCACCAUGGCCACCCUCCACCAGAUGCACAAGAUGGGCAAGCCUAAGCGCCCGCCCCCCAAGGUGGGCCCCACCUUCAGCCGGCCCCAGUUGAAAGGGGUGGUGCUGAAGACCAUGAUCCGCAAACCCAAGAAGCCCAACUCGGCCAACCGCAAGUGUGCCCGUGUCCGGCUGAGCAACGGCAAGGAGGUGAUCGUCUUCAUCCCCGGAGAGGGCCACAAUCUCCAGGAGCACAACAUCGUGCUGGUGGAGGGGGGCCGAACGCAGGACCUCCCGGGUGUCAAGCUAAAAGUCGUGCGCGGGAAGUACGACUGUGCUCACGUUCAAAAGAAAAAGUAAAGGCCGCGUGUUAUUAAACCAUUACCCGGGACUGAGCCUCAGUAAUUAAAGCUGUUUGCAUCCAC